UCGCGACUCGCGCUACGGAAAGCCGGAGGGGGGCGUGGCCGCGGGCGUAAGGGGGUGUGUCCGCGCGCACCACGGGGGCGCGCGCCGGCCUCUGACUGGAGGCCGCGGCGGCGGAGGCGCGAGCUGCCCGAUAAUGGCGGCCUGCAGAGGCCGUGAGAGGGAGAAGCGGCGGCGGCUACCCUGAGGUAAAUCCGGCCCGUCGGCCUGGCAGAGCGGCCCCGCUGCAGAGCCGAGGGCUCUGUCCGUGCCUCGGUCCCCGGGAGGCCUGUCACAGACCUGUCAGCGGAGUCAUCCCGCAGGGCCUGCGCUGCUCAGGCCUCCGGCCCGCUCCCUCAGGCCAGCGGCCCCAGCUGCGGCCUCCUCUCGCGCCCGGGGCCUCCUUCCCAGGCCCCGCGCUCAGCCGCCAGCCCCGAGCACUUGGGGCAGCUGCAGGACUGGCUCCUCGGGGCGAAGGGCCGCGGGAGGAUCCCCUCCGGGUUUGCUCUGGACGCAGCCGAGGAGAGGGAGGGCCUGACCCUCGGCCAAUGAGCGGGGCCCUGCGCCGCCGCGUCGGGCAACACCUCUGCCCGGGACUGGCCCUUCCAGUCCGUCGCCCAGCAGGUGUAGGGCCCGCUGCCCGCGUCCGGGCGCGGGGUCGCCGCUGCGGGCACGAGGGCCCGAACGCCGUCCGGGGUCGCUUGGGUUCGCGCGGGAUGCACCACCGUGCUGUGUCUGCCCCAGGAUCUCGGAGUUCCAUAAACACCCGCCCUCCCCGUUCCCCAGGCUCUCUUUGGGGUGAGGAUGUGGGGGAGCUUCCAGGACAGGGCCCCUCCGAGACGGCUGGGAGCUGGCGAUGCACGGAUGCCUGGGGCCGAGGCUUCUGGACCAGGAAAUCAGACACUAGGAAAUGCAGUGGGAGUUUGAAGGAAACUUUGACCUUGAAGAUGGUGAGUAGCCAGCCAAAGUACGAUCUAAUACGGGAGGUAGGCCGAGGUAGUUACGGUGUUGUGUAUGAAGCAGUCAUCAGAAAGACCUCUGCACGGGUGGCAGUGAAGAAAAUUCGAUGCCAUGCACCCGAAAAUGUUGAACUAGCCCUGCGGGAGUUCUGGGCACUAAGCAGUAUCAAGAGCCAACAUCCAAAUGUGAUUCACUUGGAGGAAUGCAUCCUACAAAAAGAUGGGAUGGUGCAAAAGAUGUCCCACGGCUCUAAUUCUUCCCUUUAUUUACAGCUUGUAGAGACUUCGUUGAAAGGAGAAAUUGCCUUUGAUCCCAGAAGCGCCUAUUAUCUAUGGUUUGUGAUGGAUUUUUGUGAUGGAGGAGAUAUGAAUGAGUAUCUGUUGUCCAGGAAACCCAAUCGUAAAACUAACACCAGCUUCAUGCUUCAGCUCAGCAGCGCCCUGGCUUUCUUGCAUAAAAACCAGAUCAUCCACCGAGAUCUUAAACCUGAUAACAUCCUGAUUUCUCAAAGCAGGUUGGAUACCAGUGACUUGGAACCUACACUGAAAGUGGCUGAUUUUGGUCUAAGUAAAGUUUGUUCAGCCUCUGGGCAGAACCCAGAAGAACCUGUCAGUGUAAACAAGUGUUUCCUUUCCACAGCAUGUGGAACAGAUUUCUACAUGGCUCCUGAAGUGUGGGAGGGACAUUACACAGCCAAAGCUGACAUCUUUGCUCUGGGGAUUAUCAUCUGGGCAAUGCUGGAAAGGAUCACAUUCAUAGACACAGAGACAAAGAAGGAACUCUUGGGGAGUUACGUAAAACAGGGAACUGAGAUUGUGCCUGUUGGGGAAGCGCUUCUGGAAAAUCCCAAAAUGGAACUUCUCAUUCCUGUGAAGAAGAAGUCUAUGAAUGGGCGAAUGAAACAACUGAUUAAGGAAAUGCUGGCUGCAAACCCUCAGGAUCGUCCAGAUGCUUUUGAACUAGAACUCAGAUUAGUACAAAUUGCAUUUAAAGAUAGCAGCUGGGAAACGUGACACAUAUUAUUUGCAAAUAUCUUGGAUGAUAUGCUGCUUCUGUUUUAACAGUGAUGCAACAUAAUGUGGCUGAAAAGAAUAUAAAAAGCUCAACUCCACCUUCUAAGGGUUUAGAUUUUAUUGUGGGGUGUUUUUUUUCCCUCGUUUUACUUAAGUCCAAGCUUCCCAUUUUGUUAAUAUGUUUUAAAUGUGUAUUACCAAUGUGGGUGUAAAUUUUUUUAAAUGAUCAUUGGUAGAAGUUUGGCAGGAAAAUUCUCUAAGAGCCAAGAAGAGAGUCCAGUUUUCUGAAAAUAUGUCUCUAAGUAUUUUAGACAUUCCUUGUCAGUAUUAGGAAUUUCCAUGGAAGAGAGGUUUGCAUGCUGGUAAUGCAACCUUUGAAACUUUGUAAAGGAAACAUAUAUGUAUAUAUUUAUGUAUAUGUAAGUAUGUGAAUGUGUGCAUUUUGCAUUCCAUAUGAAGAAAAUGCCACUUCUGUUUAAAUUAUUUGAUGUAGGUUUGGGUUUUUGAGAUUUGCUGGUGAAAUCAGUGAUGAAAAAUAAAAGAACCUUCCCUCAUCUUCCUACCCUGUCCCUCCCUCGAAUGAAAUCAUCCUAAGUUUUUUAUUUUUGUAAUUUUAUAUAGCUUUUUUUAGGCAUCAUUUUGGAGGGUCUAAAAUUAUCUGAUUAAACGUGAAUGAAAUUAAGUGAUCCAAAGCUGCUGAAGUUUGUGGUGAGCUCUCCAGUGCCCUAGAGCUGGAGGCGUUCAACUGGCCACACAGUCAUGCAGUAGCAGGUUGGCAAGGACACUGAUGAUUCAGUCAGACCUUCUUUAGGUAGCCAAGCAUUCAAUUAACCAGUUAAAGCACUGCAUUGGGACAUGUCUGCACUUGAGCAUCUGCAAUCUGAUAUAAAUCUGAACACAAGAUUCUUCUGUUUCUGAAAACUUUGCUAUAUCUGAACUAUAGUACUUGAUAUAUUAGUUUUUGAUUUCAAGACUUUGUCUAAGCUUCAUAAAGUUGAAGAAACCAAGUGAGCCCUGCCCUCACAUUGCCUGCCCUGAUAGGGUCUCUUGUUUAAUUCCUGGAAUUCCUUUCAUUUGGGCACUAAAGCUGUUUUCUCUUAUCUGAUUUGACACAGUCAUGGUAGUGAUAUGGUUGUAGUAUUAAAUGUCAAUCACCUUUUUCUAAAGGCGGAGAUGAUACCUAUACAGUUUGGCAAAUGGAUAAAAUAUUGUGGCAUCAACUAUAUCUUUCAAGUUGAAAAGGUAUCUGUUUUAUACAGUCACUUGGUAUGGUCUGUGUCAAAAUCCAGUAGACCGUUACUCUUCUUGAAGUCAGUUUGAUUUUAGCCUUAUAUGGUUCUCUCCAAUUUGUUUUCCUGUAAAUGCAGAUAGUUAAAAUCUAAGGAAAGGAAAUUUUCCUAAAACAGAACAUUAGCCUUUAAGGUUAAAUAGACUUGAAGACCGUUGUAUCUAGGUUAAUCUUUAUAAAGCACUAGAAUCUUUGGUCAAAAGUGAAAAAAAAAAGUACUAGAAUAUUGAAAUGAUUGAUAGUUUGCAUAGUCUCCUCAGCUUUUAACUUCCCCAACUUUUGGAAUAUUGCUAUCAUAAUUUUUUCCUUAUUUAAAAUGUGUUCAGUGGACUACAGAAUGUGAAAAAGCACAAAAAAUUGGAGUAUGUAAAAUUUCUGGACUAUUCAUUGCUUGGUCUGGAAGUUUAAAAUUUGGACCAAAAGGCUUUAUUCACAUAAAGCCUUUUAAAAUGAAAAAAAAAAAAUCAUACACUUUUAACAUCAUUUUCAAGCUAAUAAGUAUAAGAAUUCUUUCAGAAACUAGAGGUGGAAAUGCACUGGAACCUCAUGAUUGCCAAAUUAGUGUAACACAGAUCUGGCCAAGCGGAUUGAGUUACUGGAAGUGAAAAGCAUCAUUAUAAUGUCUCAUCAGUAACAUGGCACUUCAGCAGAACUCAUGACGACUCAGGUGAGAUUAUGCCAGUGCUUUAUUUGCUUUUCAAAUAUCUGUGUGCUUGGAGCCAUGGUUUCCUAAGCACAUAGUUUUUGGUCCUGCCUCAUUUAAAAGAAUUAACGAUUAUCAUUUAUUUUGAAAGAUUUUACCUGUGAAGGAGAGUUCUUUCUUUCGUUGGCAGUAAGGGUGUGAGGUGAUCAGGAAGUUUCUUCUGGAAUUUUCUCAAGUCCUUGUAUUCUAAAAUAGCCUAUGAUACCAAGCAAAAUGAUAGUAAAUUCUUUGUCUUUAUUCUUUCAGUCAGGAGGUAUUUAUUAAGUACCUACUGUGUGCUCAGCACUAAAGGUCAGUGAUAAAAUGAUGAUUUAAAAAUGGUAUAUAGCCACAGGCCUUUUCUAGACAGGAGUAAGAAAUAAAAGAUGAUUAGUGAUACUUGGAAAUUCCUGGAUAUUUGCUAGAGGAAAAAUGAAAGCAAGAAUUUGUGCACAGUGCCUUGCCCAUAAUAGGUACUCAAUAAACAAUUAUUUCUCAUAGAGUCUCUUGCCAUGGUUUAUAGCGUUUUAUGGAAUUUGUCUUAAUUUAAAAAAGACCAAAUAUUUCAAAUAAGCUUAUAGGCAGCUGUCGCCAGUUAAAAUAUGGGGUUGUACAGUUAGUUCCUAGAAUGUUAUUUUGCACUAGAUGUCACUUAGAAAGAUGGGGUUCCUGUAGACUUUUGGUGCUAAGGGAUACUUUGUCGUUAUGAUGAAGUGUUAAGUGUCAGAUAAAUAGCACACUGAAUAGUUCUUUCUGCUGGUCUGUUUUUUCCUCUUUGUUGUUGUUGUUUUUAAUUGUAAAAUGUUUAUCAAUCAAACUAUUGUAGCAGCUACAAAAUAAUUCACCAGCAUGACAAAAUGGUCAAAAAAAUGUCAUCAGCACUUCAAAAAUGAAAGCAACUUUUGAAAUUUUCUUUUAAAAUUGUCAAAUAUAUUUUAUGAAGAAUUUAUAAAAGGGGGGAAAUGAUUGUAAUUUAUUGUUCAUGACUGUUUUGUUUUGUUUUUUUGUUUUUUUUAAUAAAGU